AUAACAUUCAAUCAAUCCGACGCCACUGGCAGUUUGCACGCAUUCAGAUUAUUAGCUGUAAACUUUGUCCUGCCAAGUUCGUCCAUCAGUAGAAAAACACGUUGUAGACUCACGGGGAAUAAGUUAUUUAUACAAAAUAACCACUGGAUUCAUUACGGUGAAAUAUGAUGAUGGUAAAAAGUUGGUUUAAAUUUUGCAAGCAGUCGCAAUUUCUUCGUAAUUUUUCCAACACAAAAUCAUUUCAAGAAAUAACAAUCCCGGUACCAUGGGGCCAAAUACGUGGCAAGUGGUGGGGUCGGACGGAUAUCAGACCUAUUUUAGCCUUACAUGGAUGGCAGGACAACUGUGGUACUUUUGACCGUCUUAUCCCGCUACUAACCGACGAAGUAGGUUUUUUAGCCAUAGACUUACCAGGACAUGGUUAUUCCUCUCGCCUUCCGCCUGGAAUUUACUACCACUUUAUCAAUUAUUUAUCAACCAUAAAGUAUAUCAUAAAAUAUAUGGGAUGGCAACAUAUUUCUUUGAUGAGUCAUUCUUUGGGUGGCAUAAUUAGUUAUACAUACACAAUGAUUUACCCACAAACUGUGGAUGUUCUUGCUUGCAUCGAUGGAACCAAACCUUUGGUUGAUCCUAAAAGGAUUUCGUAUUUAGCAAAAUCUCUCGAUAGAUUCACCGACUCAAUUAAAUAUAUCAGUAGCGAUAAGGAACCCCCGAGUUAUACUCUGGAAGAAAUUAGACAAAAAAUUCAUAUACCGAAUAAGAAUUCUAUUGCGCUAGAAUAUACAGAGUAUAUAAUAAGAAGAAAUAUUGCUCCAUCGAAGAUUUUUCCUGGAAAAUAUUACUUUACCCGAGAUCCCCGGUUGAAGCAGGGUGCUUUGCUGUCAUUUUCUCAACGAGAUUUAAUUGAGCAAGCCCAGCAAAUAACCUGCCCGAUAUUCAUGUCGAAAUCUAAAGGUGCUGGAUAUUAUGAGGAUAAGAAUAAUUUUUAUGAAGUCUUAGAGGUACUAAGGCAAAGUAGUUCAGAUUGUGAAUAUCACUAUGUAGAAGGGACUCAUCAUGUUCAUCUAAAUGCUCCUAAAGUACUCGCUGAACUUUUAAAUAAAUUUCUUGAAAGGCACAUUACUAAAGAUAGGAGUGUUGGGGGGUUAAAAGAGGAGAUGGUUGUACAAGAGGAACAAAUUAAUAUAGUGCAGUAGUAAAUUAAUUUUUUAUGAUGUCAUUAAAAUUAUGGAAAGAUUAGUGUUAUGUAAAUUAAUAAUAUAUUUCUCAUACUUUGAUAUAAUUAUGUAUGUAGUUGUAGUUCCAAAAAUUGUUCAAUAUUGACUAAUUGUUAAUGUGUUAAUAUGACUAAUUGUUAAUGUAUAUAAAUGAAUUAUCAAUCAAUUAAUCAUGAUCUGGACACAAAGAAGGGGUUUUCAGUUUGUGGUGAUGUUGUGGUAUAUUUAUUCUGGAAUUUUGUAAGUAAAUGUUGAUGUAUUAGGAAAUACAUAUUUCUAUUUCAAAAA